AGGCUCUAGCCAGCCAGUUUGUUGACCCCCGUGGAAGCUGAGGAGCUGGCUGCAGAGCCACUAAAGGCUCCAGCAGGCACCGUUAGCUCGCCGGCAUAAAUAGUCAGCGGCGAGCAGGCAGGCGUGAUUUUCGCGCCGCCUCUCGCAAAGAAUAGGGAAAUGGCGCUGAAGGUGAUCUUUUUGGUCAGCGUGGCCGUGGCGGCGGUCAACGCGCAGAUCCCUGGAAUCGGCUCCUGCCCGGAGACGAAACCUGUUGCCGAAUUUGACAUCGACCGCUUCCUCGGCACCUGGUACGAGAACCAGCGCUACUUCUCCCUGGCCGAAGUCGCCACCCGGUGCGGAAAGAUCGAGUACAUGAAGUCCGGAGACAAAUUCGUCGCCGCCAACACUGUCACCAGCAGCAUCACCGGCGUGUCUCGCGUCCUGAAAGGCGAGCUCAGGGUAGCCUCUGACUCGAAGGAAGGCCGUCUCGCCAUCCGCUACGACCAGGUGCCAGUGGUCGGCUACAACACCGAGUACAAUGUGGUCGCCACCGACUACGACAGCUACGCCAUUCUCUGGUCGUGCAGCAACCCCGUGCCUUACCUCCUCACAGCCCAAAACGCUUGGCUGAUGACCCGCGAGGCGGUGCCCGACUCGGCCGUGCUGAAGAUCGCCGACGCCGAGUUCCAGAAGCUGGGCAUCAGCACCCGCUUCAUCAGCAAGGUGGACCAGACGAGCUGCAACGAGGCAUCCGCGGCCGCGGCGGCCACCACUGCGGCCCCUGUCGUCACCACUGUGGCUGCGAAUGCGGCCGUGCGCCACGCCGUGCACGACCAGCAGGUGCACGUCAAGAGCGUGCCCGCCGACGCCGAGCAGAACCUGAACCAGGUGGAGCAGAAGAAGCCCGUCGUCGACUCGGUGGUCGCCGAAACCGCUCCCGUCGUCGACGCCGUCAAGGCUGAGACUGAAGCCGAGCCCGUGAAGGUGGAGGAGCCCGCCGUUGUCCCUGAACCCGAACCCGUGGCCGUCACUGAUAAGGUCGACGAGGUCAAGACUGUCGUGGAAGAGGCCAAGCCCGUGAAGGAGUAAAAGAAAAGCGCAAAAAGACGGAGAAGUAAUUGUUACAUAACAAAAAUCAAAGAAAACGUAAAAUGCAUAAAAAAAAAUGAAAUGAAAGGCAAAAACAAGCGCCUCUUGUUGAAGUUGGACUCUAACAGUGACAACGCACGCCACAUCGACCUUUGCUCUUAGUUAUAGUACGUGCGUACCUCCCCAUUGAAAUGUUGAAAAAAGAAAAACUGGCUCCAAAGAGUCGGCUCCUGUACUAACCCCUGCACUUCCAGUCACCAAAAUGAUAUCUGCCCCUGAGGUGUCUGUCGACUUAGUCAGCGCACUGCUUUUAUGCAUAUGUAUUUUGUCGCCCGAGAUCUCCUUUGUCUUGCGUAUAUUUUUAUUUUUAUACUAACAUUUUUGAUGGGCUCAACUAUAUAUUUAUUAUCUGAUGUGUCGUCCGCGUUGUCGUGUCAGAGUGCCACGUUAUUUAUUUUCCCCCAAAACAAAACAAAACAAACAAAAAAUAAAUCGUUGUUUUCCCAAAAAGA